GACAACGCAGCUGUGAUUUGUCACGGGUUGUUGUGAAUUCGAGGCCAGCGGCCCCACAAUGCCAGGCGGGGGAGCCCCUUUCUCAGCAACACAGCACAGCAUCACCGCCUCGCCUCACUGAAAGGACAGGGAGGAGAGAAAUGCAAAGGGAUGUAAGAUGGCAGAGCUACAAAUGCUAUUAGAGGAGGAAAUCCCGGCCGGCAAAAGAGCGCUUGUGGAAAGCUACCAGAACCUGUCCCGGGUCGCGGAAUACUGUGAAAACAACUAUGUGCAGGCCCAAGACAAGAGGAAGGCCCUGGAGGAGACCAAGGCCUACACCACUCAGUCUCUGGCCAGCGUGGCCUACCAGAUCAAUGCCUUAGCCAACAAUGUGCUGCAGCUGCUGGACAUCCAGGCCUCACAGCUUCGACGCAUGGAGUCCUCCAUCAACCACAUCUCCCAGACGGUGGACAUCCACAAGGAGAAGGUGGCGAGGCGAGAGAUUGGCAUCUUGACCACCAAUAAGAACACAUCACGCACCCACAAGAUCAUCGCCCCUGGCAACAUGGAGCGGCCAGUGCGCUACAUCCGCAAGCCCAUUGACUACACGCUGCUGGACGACGUGGGGCACGGCGUCAAAUGGCUUAAGGCCAAGCAACAUGGGAACAACGCAGCAGGGCGAGGUGGGACGCUGUCCAGGACCAACCCCCCAACACAGAAGCCCCCCAGCCCACCCAUGGCUGGUCGCGGAACCCUGGGACGUAACACUCCCUAUAAAACCCUGGAGCCUGUUAAGCCUCCGGUGGUGCCUAAUGACUACAUGACCAGCCCGGCUCGACUAGGCAGCCAGCACAGCCCUGCACGCACAGCCUCGCUCAACCAGAGGCCCAGGACACACAGUGGCAGCAGUGGUGGUAGUGGUGGCAGGGAGAACAGUGGAAGUGGUGGUGUGGGAGUUCCUCUUGCAGUCCCCACCCCCUCCCCUCCCAGUAUGGGGCAAGCAUCGUCAGCCUCAGCCUCAGUGCCCCAGGGUCCCGGCUUGGGUCCCAUCCCCAUGUCUCAGUUCGGCACCAUCUCACGCCAAAUCUCCCGUCACAACUCCUCCACCACCUCCUCGGCCUCCAUGGUGUCGGCUACCGGCACCUACCGCCGCGCGCCCUCCGUCAACUCCCAGUUCUCCGUGUCCCAGCAACCCCACCUCAACGGAGGCCCCGCCUACCCACAAAACUCAGUGUCUGUGGCUCCUCCUCCUCCCCCCAUGGUCCAGCUGACCCCCCAGAUCCCUCUGACCGGCUUUGUGGCCAGAAUGCAGGAAAGCAUAUCAGACAGCCCCGCCCCGCCUCCUCCGCCUCCCCCAGAGGACAUGGCCAUGUUUGAGGAGCCCUCCCCCCCUCCUCCUCCACCACCCGUGGACUAUGAAGAAGAGGAGGCAGCGGUGGUCCACUACAGUGACCCCUACGCCGACGGAGACCCCCACUGGGCUCCAAAGGCCUAUUUAGAGAAAGUUGUGGCCAUUUACGACUACACCAAGGACAAGGAGGAUGAGCUGUCUUUCAUGGAGGGAGCCAUCAUCUACAUAAUCAAGAAGAACGAUGAUGGCUGGUUUGAAGGCGUCUGCAACGGCGUCACCGGACUCUUCCCCGGGAACUAUGUCGAGUCGAUCAUGCACUACGCAGACUAAAAAAAUAAAGAAAAGAAAAAAACAGGGCACUGCAGUUUUGAACAGAGCUAAAACCGUGAAGAUGUGCAGUAUGCAAUGCAUUAAUCGCAGUCCAUACAGCUCCCCUUUUUGAAUGAAGUGCCAUUUUGAAGUCUUUGGAAUUUACAAGUGGUAGUCUUUUCGGGGGGCGUAUACUUCCACGGUUUUGUUCUGGUCCAAAAAAAAAAAAAAAAGUGCCACCCAGAGCAGGUCAGUCCUGAAAGCUUUGGAAGGCCAAGAGGGUCUGUUGGUUUACACUGUGGAGUAAAGGGAGGAGCUAAGGGUCUUUGUCUACCACCGUGACAGGACAGUGGCUGUCGGGAGAAACGGUAAAAGCACUUCUUACAAUACCAAGAAUUUAACGGCCAUAUUUCACUGAGGCCUUUCCAAAAGAAUUCAAAGUUCUGGCACACUUAUGCACAUGGAAUAAGCCCAUUUGUGCAGUGGUCUUUCCAACAAUUAAAAGAUGAAUCUCGGUCUUGAAGUAGAGUUAAUUUAUUUCUCAAUCUCUUACUUGUCUCUUGCUGAGAUUUGAACACCUCAAAGAAUAGAUUGGGCGAUGCGACAUCGUUAUAAUAUCAAGCACGUGGCUUUUGGCACUGAUUUCCCUGCCCUUUUAUUGACACUGUAGGCCAGCAGACCAGCCACACUCCAAAAGACCAACCCUUUCCCUCUCAUAAACAAAAGAAAAGCAUCCAUCUUACUUUAUCCAGAAAGUAAAAAAAAAAAAAAAGGACAAGCAAACAUCAACAAGUGCAUUAGGACACGGCUCAAUGUUGUACACUGUCGAUGUCCAAAUCACAGAUGUUGAGGGGCAAAAAAAAAUACAAGAACCUUGAGAUAUCUAUUUACUAUGCUAUGUGUCGGUGGGAAUGCCAGGAGAAAAUGGGGACAAGUUGGGUGGGGAAAGGUGGGAUGUUUAAGGGUAAACUGAGUAUAUAGAAUGCAUUACAAAAAAAAAAAAAAAAAAAAGAUAUGAACUGUUUAAGUUACUUAUUUCUGGUGGAGUUUCUUUUUU